AUGAACCACUUUAGCAACACCACAAAAGAAACCACCAGCACUAAUAAUCCCAACAUGGGCCAACUUAACUCGAAAUUGGGCUCCGGCGCUGAGCAGGACCGGUACGGCUCGCACUUUGGAGUUGGCCAUGAUGGCAUCGAGAAAAUGAAACACGUCGCCGAAUUCAAAGGAACUGGGGCCGAGCAAGAGCGUUAUGAGAGCCACUUUGGCCUUGAUCAAGACAAGGUUAAGGCCGCGACGCACGACCUCCUACACCGAAAUGGAUCAGGCGCUGAGCAAGACCGAUACGAGGGACACUUCGGCCUCGGCGCUGAUGGGGUCGAGAGAGCCAAACAACUCGCAAGCAUGAAGGGUGUGGGCGCUGAGCAAGUAUGUGCUCUCCGGUUUCUAACGUAA